GCAGUUCCCGGAGGAGCUCGCGGAGUCGGACUGGUGCGCCGCAAGCAUCGACGAGUCGACGGACGUGAGCGACUCCCAGAACGCGGGCAUCUGCGUCUUCUUCGUGAAGAACGGCGAGGCCUCGUGCGCUCACUGCAUCUGCCACAGACUUGCACUCGCGGCGAAUGAGUUCGCCGCGCUCACGUCGCAUGCGAGCGUCGUCGAGAAGACGCUCCGCGCCAUCCGUCGGAUCUUCGCGUUCUCGUCGAAGCGGAAGGAUGCCAAGAUCCAGGAGGUCAACGACGAGUCUGGGACGAUCAAGAAGCGUCACACGGUCCGCUGGCUCUCGCGGAAGGGCGCGCUCACGUCGGUCGUCGGGUCGUUCCGGCGCGUGCUCGACUUCGUCGUGGGGCUCGCAGCGAUGACUCCCAAU